ACAAAACUAAAAUUUGACUAAAAUGGCAUAUUAUCAGCGUCGGGAGCUGGAGUUGCAGCAGUUUGAGGAGGAAGUGCGCACGGUUCGCAUUCUGAUAUUGGGCGAUCCAGGCGUGGGAAAGACAUCUUUGACUAACUUGUUGGCUAACAGCGAGAUCACGCCGACACGUUCCUCUAGAACCGUUGCCGACAGCGAGUGGACCGUCCAAGCGCGUCUGCACGAGUACCCCAGGGUGCACCUUCCACACACACCCGAGUGGAUGUCGACCUCAUCAUCGCACCGCUCAGCCCAAUCGCCACUCACUCCUGAAGAGCUAUAUUUCGUUGAGUUCUACGAUAAGAACGACUCAGUGACAUAUGGUCGAGUGGACAGGAAUCCCUUGUACAAGAACAUAGACGGAAUCAUCUUGGUGUAUAAUAUGCAAGACAUGCGGUCCCAUGACCACCUGCACGACUGGCUCUACGGGCCACUGCGCGAGAUAAGCGAAUGCCGCCAGAAUAAACGCAAGCGCAAGCGUAUGUUGAGCCGUCUCAAUGUGCCUAUCCUAGUCGUGGGCACCAUGUUGGAUAAGCUGCGCAAGCGCUCACUGCGUCGCUCUGGGAACAUUGCUUAUCAAUUGGGAUCAGAGGAGAUAUUCAUCAAUUGCCACGAUCAAAACUCAUUGUCUGAAAUGGGCCGCAAUUACGGAAAAGUGCGCAAUUUCUUGAACAGAGCCGUCGAAUUUAGGAAAUGAACUGAAUACUCUACUUAACCUCACAU